AGUCCUGACCAUCUCAGUGCCGAGCGCUUCUCCAUUCUUGAACUGAAAAGGAAAACCUCCAAAUGUCCCCACACCAUAGAAAGUGGGGUGGGACGCUCCAGUGUGGAUAGGGAUGGAAAGGAAAGGCUCCUCCCCCCCCCCGCCCCCAGCUUCACUGUGGCCAGUAGAGCCCAGGUUUUUAUCAUUUUUAGUUUGUAUCUUGAGUUUAUGUGGGCAAAGGCUAAAGAGAGCUCGGCUCUCCCAAGUUCAAAAUAAAGCAAUCAAAGCGCCCACACGGACGCUGCCUCCCCGCGGUAAAAGUACCGCGUAGUACUUUCAUCCUAGCUUGGAGACUUACAAGGUUGGGACCCUGCAGUAACUCAGUAUAUUCCUGGAGAUACCGCAUAUGUUCUCCAAGAGCCCUAUCAACGCAGGCUGCUCUUCGUUGAAAACACCAAGAACUUGGCUUCCAGGGGAUCUUAUUCGUCACCCGUGUCCCUAACCAGUUUCCCUCUUGUUACACUCCGCUUUCAGUUAGAACCCACGCCCAGAGGUCCAAAGAACGCAGGCAGCCUGGCCUCUCCGCAGCAGCCGCCCUGCCUCCCAUGGUCCUCCAGGGUAAACUGAGGGUAGAGAACGUGCGGUGCGGGGCAGUUGCUAGGAAUUCCGUAAAUGCUAUCUGCUAACUGACCAGGACCCAGAAUUCAUAUGUACACGCUCACCUUCAUUUUCUUCUGUCCAAAUCCCUGUUCAGUAGGAGUAAGGAUUGGUGUUAGCUUUGAGCCUGUUAAAGAUCUUCCUUGAGAUACUUUCUCCCACCCCCCAAAAAACUGUAUUCUGUGUUAAUUUCAAUACCAAGAGAAUUCUUGGCAGGAUCAGGAAACCUCAGACAUCCCAAAAUUAGUGGGUUAGUGUUUUGGGGGAACUGUUUGAAAGAGCAGAGAGAUGAGUUAGUGAUAGCAGGAGCAGCUCGGCUUUUUCCAGUUCCCUGGAACUUUCUGUGACUUGUUUUCUAAGGCCUGCGCCAUCUUUGCUUCUAAAACUCUGCUCUGAAAUCAUCAGUGUCUGGUGAGGACUUCCCCACCCCCAACCCAGAACAGUCUUGCUGGUGAUGCACGUGGCCAAGCCCUGUUAGACCCUUGUUAUUUGACUCUUGAUUUUGACCUAAGAGAACUGCACCUGGUUGACCCUAAUACUUGCCACAAAGGGCAGUGCUGUAGGAAGAAUGGCCAGUGGCAGAAACUAGUAGACAUCAUUGCCUCCUGAUGACCAUGCUAGUGGUCAUUCUGCAGAAGUGAGAUGAAGAGCAAAUAGUUUACUAAACACUCUGCGGGUGCCAGGCACAGGUGGAGGGCUUGGUCACCAUCCCCUCUUUAGAGAUGAGGAAACAAGCUACAGCCCAGACCAGAGUUUGGAAAGAUGGGGAGGCUUGCUUGUCACCCCCCCAACCCUUUCUGUUUUGUUCCUUGAAUUCACUCACUCUAGUUUUUGAAACAGUUUCCUCUUCUGUGCUAAGGGCUUAUCUUGGUGAAGUGCAAUUAUAACAUCACUAUGAUGCAACAACCUGAAAAUUAAAACCCUUUGUGAGAGCCUUUCACACCAUUGAGCAAUGAGCCUGACUCAUGCUGAGUGGAUUUGUCUAGUUGACCUUGCUGUGGUGGUUAGAGUCAAUUCCGAGAUGUAGAUGUGAUUGCAGCAUGGGAUGGAAAAGCGCGGUCAUAGUGCCUCGGCUUUAUUUUUACCCGAGUUAAAAACCACACAUACCUCAUUAUUUCCAUUGUAAUCCAGAUGGCAUUGAUGCUGUUAAAAGUUGUUUAUUUUUAAUUCGUAUUGAGGAAUGAGAGCACACUUGGGAUUCAAUUCAAAUAUAACAAACAAUGUAAUUGAAUUUUCCUAUAAUAUUCAUUUCUUGUUUUUGUCAGGUAUGCCUAUAAUUUCACGGGGUUAACACAUUGUUUGGUAUCCUGUUAUUUUUCUAAAUUAUAUUUGAGUUGAUUUUUAUCCAGAUCGGACUCGUUGUAUGAGAAUGUUGAAAGACAUUGACCUUUGAUCACAGACAUUACAUAAGAGCUUUUCAGUUUCAAAAUGAAUUCUUAUUACCACCACCCCCAAUUACCUCUCACAUUUCUUUGCAAAUAACUUUCCUGUAGUUAAAAAAAAAAAAGUUUCUCAUAUGGCUUUAAUUAGAGAGCAUAAGCUUGUUUUUAAGUUUAGUAGGGAUUUACUCGAUGCCAUUUGUUAAUAACUGUGCUUUGAGGACCCAGUUUCACUGGAAUCAGUGAUGUUUAUAAGCCUCUUUUAGUUAUCAGAACGAGGUGCCUUUUAUUAACUUUCUAAAGAUCUUAGACUGUAAUUAAGUAGACUUCAAAUAAUCCCCCAAAAUAAACUAAAAAAAAAAAUCCCCUCGCAUAAAGGACAUAGUAAAAUACAUGGUAUUUGCAGUCAUCUGCUGAUUGGAAAGUGAACAUGAAAUCAAAAAGCCAAGCUGAGAAGAAUCGGGAGCACUCAAGAACUUUCCCUCCCAUGCCCCACCCCAGCACACACCAUUUUUUGCCGUCAUUGCACCAUGUUGCAAGCAGUAUUUGUCCUUGCAGCAUUUCCUUCAACCUUGUGACUGUCGUUUCCCUUAAGAUUUCAGAGGAGUUACUAGACUGCAAUUAUCUUCAAAAGUUUCAAGAAUAGUAAUGGUCCCCAUUUUGGAAUUUGCAUAGGAAUUUUUUAAAAAUGUGUUACUAAAGAUUUUUUUAAAUGCUGUACUGUUCCAUUCCUCUCCUCGCCCCCACUCCGUCUGUAGUGAGCCCUGUCUUUCUUCAGCCAUGAGGUUCAUUGUUUGGAUGUGUUAGUGAGUAAGUACUUUUGUGCAAUCUUCAGAAUAAUUUCAUUGUGCAUUAAGUUACACGUACUGGCCUCUUACCGAGAAUCUCAAGUUACACUAUUUCACAUUUCAAUUACUAAAUUGCAUCAGUGGUGUGUAAUAAAUGCAGCAUUGUCAUAUUUACUAAGUUUAAAUCUAAUUUUCAAGUAGUCUAAUUUUCAAAUAGAAAAAGUGAGUCAGUUUGCUGCUGUGAUAGGCCAGAUUGUGGCAAAGUGUAAUACUGUUUAUGUGUGUGUGUUUCCCGGGUCCACCAAGGACCAGUCUCUCCCUAACUUCUGCUUGCCAUACAGAGCUAUAUUAUGAAGCCUCCACUUGGAGGUUUGACAGUUUUCUUAGAAAAGCCCCUAGCAAUGUCAGUGUCUCUUGAGUUUUUCAUCCCUUAUCAUCCUCUAAUUAGAAAUGUGAAUUCUGUAGUUAUUUUAUCAUGCUUAUUUUAAACACUAGAUUUUUUUCCCCCCUUAUCCAUAAAAAGAAGUGGCACAUUUCAUUGAACACAGGUACAGAAUUUCACUGACACUAGGAAAGUGUAAACAUUUUGCCAGUAUCAUUACUUUAAAACUAUAAUGAUCUGUGAAUUGAUGGAUUUUUAAAAAAUUCUUUAAUAAAAAUUUCACUUGUCUGAAAAAUUAGCACCUGCCCGCUUAGUGGAGAGAUGGUUUAUACUUAAUAACUUAGGCUUACCUUGAAAAGAGUUUUUUCUCUUAAUAUUGUAUUUAUUAGCAUCUGAGAAGACUAAAUAGUACUCUCAGAGACUGGAAGGAAAAUGAGAUACUUAUAUAAGAAGCUUUCUAAACCUCUAGGUACAUCAAAUUGUAUUUUAUCUUGUAUUGAUAGAAUUUUAAAAUCAAAUAGAUAAUAGAAGCAAUUUGUCCCAAAACUUACCCUUUAAAGAGGUGAUUAAUGAAAUAUUCUUACAGUGGCUUUUGAAAUCUAACCUACAAGUGCAAUUUUAGAUGCUUGACUCAAUGUUCGUUCUUUUCUGUUUUGUGAAGAGUUUGAAUUAUCAAAUGCUGUGUGAGUGGGAGAUCAGGUAGCGAUGAGCGAAGAUACAGUUCUGCUAUUACGAAUAUUAUGUGAGUCCUCAAGGGCAAAUUUGACCUUGAAUUUAAGUUGUAGACUUGUGCUCUUUUCAGAAUUUUCUACAGCAAGUCUUACUUUAAUUAUAAACGACAUUUAGGUCAUCCGACUUAAAUAAACUGGGUUUACGAAACACAACUCCUUGUAGUAACAGUGUGACGUAAUAUAAAAAAACAUUAGGUAGUGAUGGCGUCUUCGGAUCAUGAAAAAAAUCUGUCAGCUGGCAUGUCAUGAUGCCUGCUCUUGAAUUUCUCUUUUUUUGUUUGUGUUUUUAAGAAACAGUCUCUCAUCUAAUGGGUGUGAUGAAGUUAAUCGUGCUACAUAUGCUAACAUCAUAGAAUUGGCAUUUAGUGUCAGUUAUUCAUCAAAAAAGAAACAUAAGCAGUGACUAAUAAGCCACAGCAUUAAAUGUUGAUUUGAAAAGAUGACGCACAGAUGAAGUAAUUAUUACAUUAAUCAUAAAGGAAAAUAUUGAGGCCUGAAAUAAAGUCAUUAGGUUAGCAUAAAUACUGGUGUUUCCGGAAGGCACUGGACACUUCCUUUGCACUUGCCUUUAGUUUAUUAUUAAGGGAUAUAAAUAAAGUCCAGAGCCCUUUCUUGCUUUUAACUGCUGUGUGAUCUCUCGCUAGGCACUCAACCUCUCUGUAGUUUAGCUGGUUCCAUUUACAAAAUUCGAGGUCCAGAGAGCCACCAGCUCUCAUGUGGAAAAAGGACAUACUUUUGGUUUUGUUUUUACAAGAGGGCCAGUCAUGGUUGUUGGUUCUGGUGGUGCAUGCCUGUGAUGCCAGCACUCAGGAGGGCUGAGGCAGGAGGACCCUCUCUCUCAAAAAACAGAAAAAAGCCACAGGUGUCAAUAUCCACAGCUAUUAUUUCUUUUCCUCUGUUUUAACAGACAAGAUUCAGGAGAUUAAAUUCUAGCAGAGAAGUGAGAAUUAGUAAAAUUAAGCACUGCUAGGAUGUGAAGCAACUCUGAGAAAGGUAGGAAACUGUCCUGGGUGGUCCCUUUAUUGGCUGGGCUGGGAUCUCACUUUUGCCUUGUAGCCAGCUGUGUGACACCAGGCAAGUCGCUUGCCUUCGUUUUCUCCUCAGAAAACAAUUAUUGCAAAGGUUAGGGGAACACAGCAGGCCAGGCCCCAAGUGUCUGUUGCAUGGUACACAUUCAGUAAGUAGCAGCUGUUAUGAUUGUUUUUGUUAGAAUCACUGUUCUGGAAAAAGGCAGAAUUGCUGGAGUGGACAAGGUGCAUGCCCUGAGCUUGGUGGAGCUCCAUGCCUUCACCUCAGUUCUGGCUUUUACCUGUGACUCUGAAGUCCUACUCAUUGGGGUUUGAUUUUCCCCUUCCUUUUCAUAUGCCCCUCAGUCUAGCUCAGUGCCCAGGACACAAUAGGUGCUCUAUAUGUGUUGAACAAACCAAGUAAUGAAUAAGAAAAACUCUGUUAAGUAGAAUAACACCUUUAGAAUUCACUCGAUAGUAUUAAAAAGAAAACAUUCCAAAGGUUUUGUGUAUGUCUGUUAUAAAACACUUCUGUAAGGUAAAUGGAAGACCAUCCAUCCAAAGGGAGCACCUCCUAUCUCCAGAGUGUUGCUAGAAGAAUGCAAAUACAUUUUAAUUUCCGCCCUUCAGGCCUUUUGUUCUAGUUGGACAAGAAAGACCAACUCAUAGAAAGAUACCCAGUGUACGAAAUCACUGCCUCUCCAUUAUCUCACAAUGCUGAUAAACUCUACCACUGCAAGAUUAUUUGAUAAAUAAUAUUACGGAAAAUACUCUAAGAUAGUUCGUGGUGAUUUGCUGAUUGAGUUUAUAGACAAUAGGAUGUACAGACUCACAGUGACAAGUGGCGAGAUUCAAGUAGGAAGAAGAUGAUUACAAAGAAAUGAGGCUUUCUGUGGGUUUUAGUGUACUAAUAAACUUAUAGAGAUGCUAACUCAGACAGGUAGUACACAGACCCCAGGAGAAAGGGGCUAAGGAAAUUUUAAGACAAUUGGACCUAUUUUAGUUAAGUGGAAGCACAAUCAGUUCCCUACCACGCAGCAUGCCCCCAGUCUGCACCAGGUACAUUAACUGUGUAGUGCAUGCACUUUGCUGCCAGGAUCCCAGCUCACUGGAUGCAGAGAGAGCAUGAAAAGUUUAGGAACAGCAGCUAAGAAUGGCCGGGUAUGUAAAUGAGGUAGGAUUUUUUUUAAGGACAGGUAUAGAUAAGGAAAUACAUAAAACAGGAAUGCUUCACAUGAAAAAAUACCCAGAAUAAUGUGGUGCAAGAAUUCUAAGAUGUAAAGACAUCUUGGAAAAGAUCAAGGUCAUCAGGUUUCCUCAGCUAGAUUUGCUUAUUCUGCUUUGCCUGUCAUUUUACUUUCAGGGUGAAGACCUGACUGCUGAAUGACAGAUUAUACAGUGUGGCAGGAAGAGGGGCUCCGUGAGAGAGGGGUUUUCGUGUUUAAAGACAAAACGCAAAUGGAGAUGACAGGAAAUCCUACGUUUACUACAUUAUCAAUAGAAAGACCCCAUGUCUGCAGCACCAUUGCCUGCUGUGACACUCCUUGCCUUGUUUCCCGUUAAAGUGUCAUUAUCAAAAAGCAAACAGAAACUUGCUCUUAGUAAUUACAGGUUUCUCUGAGCUGUGGGUAGCUGUUCCCUGGACUGUGUUGGCUCAGUUUUAUGAACAGAAACAUGGCACGAAACCUUAGUCUUUAUGUUCCUGAAAUUAUUACAUCAUGCAUUCUGUUCCUACUGGAAAAAACAAAAGAAACUGGCAGACUCUUCUGAUGGAUAAAAUUAAACUUCAUUAGUCAUAUAACUGCAUAAGAAAGAAAAAGUGAGAGAAAGCAAAAACAUUCAGUCUUUUUAAUGUGGUGGGUAGUGCUGAGCAAACAGUUGUGCACAUCUACUUUGCAAAAAGCAUUACCAGCUAGAAAAUCAGGCAGAGAAUCAGUCUAGAAACACAGACCCGAGGUCACUAUGAAAAGAAUCAUACACAAAAAUAUGGAUGUAUUCUCUCACAUUAAAGCAAAUUUGAGGUACCUGGGGAUGGCACUCAGUGGCAGAGCACUUGCCCAACAUUCAUGAGGCCCUGGAUUCCAUCUCCAGUGCUGUGAAAGAAAGAAAGAAUGAAAAAGCAGUGUCCGGCCAAAUUCAUAUUAUAAAUAUUUCACCCAUGGGAGAGGAAACUAUUUGAUGAUUCUAUUUUUGAGUUCUUAUAUUUUAUUUCAAACUAACUAGUAAAGUUGAGAGAAUUCCUUUCUAUAAUUAUGUCUUCUUGGUUUAAAGUGAUGUUAAGUUUCAAGAGGGUAUUGUACUUUUGGGGGGGGAGAAGAAAAGUCCUUUGAAUAGUCACUGAUUUAGUCCAAAGCUACUGUACAACUGACAUUUAUUACCAUAGAAUUUUCAGAACCCCCAAAAAAGAAUUUUGGAUGUUUCAGUCUUAAAUGUCUGGUAAAUCCGUUCGAAGGUUUCUGAUGUCACAGCCACAGGUGCUCCUGCAUCAAGUGCUUCAUAUGGAGAGGAAUCUUUUUCACUCAGGUCUGGGUAGUCAUCUCAUGAAAUAUGCCGGAUAGAAGCCCAGGAGGCAGCCUUCCAGGCAGUCAGGAUGUGACUGAUGUCCACAUGAAGGUGCAGAUCAAAACUAGCAGCAACUCCGUCAUUGAUACGGCUUUUAUCUUAGAUUUGUGGGAAUAAAAAUGUAGCUCCAUUUAUGUCUUAUUCCAUAUGUAAUCAUGGUUGUUUACGGAUGGUAAAGGAGUUUACAGAGUCAAGUUCCUUUGAAGAGAUGAGCCCAUUUGCUUGGCAGUGAUGUAAAUGUUACCUCAAAUUAUUCACAAACACUUAGAAACUUGCCCACCAAAGGUGAUCUGUCAUUUCCUUCCUGUAAUGGCCCACCCGACAUGCUGCACUGACCUUUUCUCCCCAUCAAACACAGACUGCCUCUAUUUCUCCCAGGGCAGAGGUGCUUUUAUUUAUUCUUGUUCUCUUUCCUGAACCAAAUAAUCCCCUGCAGAUAGGUCCUUUAUUGCUUUACAGUGGAGGUGUUAGGGUACUUACUCCCAUUCAAGAUUGCCAACUCUCUGAAGGAAACAACCUUGCUUGUAAUAUAUCCCCAUAAUUAGCAAGGUUCUCCGUGAGCUUAGCAACAAACAUUUGUCCAAAUGAAUAACUCUGUCUUUUCCUGUUUUGCAGAGAACCACGAAGACCCUACUGUAUGCAAUUUAAAAAGAAAAAAAAAAAAAAAAAAAAAGCCUGCCUGAAGAACAUGGAUGGAUUUUAAGCCACCAUUUCGACAGCGUUUGAGAAUACUGGGAAAAUAACUGGUUCUCCUCCACCGCAUCUCUAGGGUAAAGUGACUUCUGAUGCAGCUGAGGAAAAUGCAGAACAUUAAAAAGGAGCAGACAUCCCUUGAUACUUCGAGCAAUGUGGACAAGGUGCUGGUCCUCCACUCGGCCUUAACAGAAGUGUCGGAGGACCUGACUGCAGGCGAAGAGCUCCUUUUGAACGAGGGCGGCGUGGGCAAAAGCAAGUCUUCGGCUUGUCGCAGGAAGCGGGAAUUCAUUCCCGAUGAGAAGAAAGAUGCUAUGUAUUGGGAAAAAAGGCGCAAGAACAACGAGGCUGCCAAAAGAUCCCGGGAGAAGCGCCGGCUGAAUGACCUGGUUCUGGAGAACAAGCUGAUCGCCCUGGGAGAAGAAAACGCCACCCUGAAGGCCGAGCUGCUGUCGCUCAAGUUGAAGUUCGGGCUCAUCAGCUCGGCAGCCUACGCGCAGGAGGUGCAGAAGCUCAGCCACUCGGCGGCGGUGUACUUCCAGGAGUACCAGACGUCCCGGGGCGGCGCGCUGGACGAGCCCGAGCCCGCGCUGGCCAGUGCGGCCGGCUGCAUCUCGGUCAUCAAGCACCCGCCCUCUCCGCAGAGCUCACCCUCCGGUGCCUCCGAGGCCUCGGCGGAACUGGCGCGGGGCAGCCCCGAUGCCAAGUUCCAGGCCAUCAAGCAGGAGCCGGUGGACGAGCGGGGUGCCUACCCCACCUCCAUCUACCAGAACUACCAGAGCUACGUGGGGACCUCCUUCUCCACCUUCGCGCACUCCCCACCCCUCUUGCAGGCCAGCAGGUCCUCCAGCAACUCCCCGAGGACCUCCGAGACCGAUGAGGGCGUGGUGGGCAAGGCCUCGGAUGGGGAGGAUGAGCAGCAGGUUCCCAAGGGGCCCAUCCAUUCUCCAGUGGAACUGAAACACACGCACGCCGCCGUGGUGAAGGUGCCCGAAGUGAAUUCUUCCGCCUUGCCACACAAGCUUCGGAUCAAAGCCAAAGCCAUGCAGAUCAAAGUGGAAGCCUUUGAUAGUGAGUUUGAGGCCACGCAAAAACUCCCCUCGCCCGUGGACAUGACGUCUAAAAGACAUUUGGAACUGGAAAAGCACAGUGCCCCGAGUGGGGUGCACUCCUCCCUCACCCCUUUCUCAGUGCAGGUGACGAACAUUCAAGAUUGGUCUCUCAAAUCGGAACACUGGCAUCCAAAAGAACUGAACGGCAAAAGUCAGAAUAGCUUCAAAACUGGAGUUGUGGAAAGGAAGGACAAUGGCUACAAAGUCUCCGACGCAGAGAAUCUGUACUUGAAGCAGGGGAUAGCAAACUUAUCUGCAGAGGUCGUCUCGCUUAAGAGACUUAUAGCGACACAGCCAAUCUCUGCUUCAGACUCUGCCUAAGUUACUACUGAGUAAGAGCUGGGCAUUGAGGGAGAUGCCAUGCGCAAUAGAUCAGUACCUGUUGUAUUAUGCUGAAUUUUCACUGGCCCUGUGAUGUCAUUUCACUGUAAUGUGCACAUGUCGUCUGUUUGGUGUCUGUGUGCACAGAUGAUGAUGAAGAUUAGAUGGUGUCCUCACUCUGCCUUGUGUAUAGUCAGAUAGUCCAUACAAAGGCUGUACAUAUCGAACAUUAUUUUUGUUGUUCUACUAUAAACUGUGUAAGUUACCAGUUUCAAUAAAGGAUUGGUGACAAACACACAAGUGCUGCUCUGUUCCACUUGAUUUGAUGGAAAAACAAAAAGAAACUUAAGUGACAAAAGUGGCUACUGAGGUAUUCUACAUUUUGCUCCACUGUGUGGGCAGUUUCCUCCCCUGAAUAAGGGGAAAGUCAAGUGCAAGUUCAGCAAAUGAUGGGUUUUUCCAGGCUGUAAGAUGUUUAGAAAACCUCUAAAGCGAGAAAGAGAACAGUGAAUUUUCUUGAAUUUGGUUCUAAUGUGCUAAAUGAUUCCCUGUUGUGUACUUUUCUUUAAGUCCAAGUUUUCUUUAUAAUUUUUUAAGUUGAAAGAUCCAAGUUGUUUGGCGUCAGCCUCUCCUGAGUCAUCUCCCUUUUGUGUGUGACACAUGGAUGUGGAUAGCUGAGUCACUGACCCACUUUGCUGGAUGAAAGGCUCUUUUAAAGAGUGGAUAAAGACUAAGGAUGAAGGUAUUUUUAUGUUAUUAUAAAUCUUAACAGUUCUGGAGUAUAACUGUCUAAGGAAUUAAGCUAACUGCUGAGUUUUUAAAAAUCUUAAAGAACCCAUCAAUUACUAAUGCCAACGUAUGUAUAGUCUGAGUAUAUGUAAGGACUGCUAGAAGACCUGUUCACGCGUAGCUUGGUGGCAGAGCACUUGCCCAGCACGGCACGAAGCCCUGGUUCCAUCCCCAGCACCACAGAUUUUUUUUAAUGAUGAAUAUAUUAGUUUCGAAAUUAAACCAUAGAGUAUCAUCCCAAAGGGAUUGAGGAUCAGACCAUUCCUGAGUAUUUGUUCAAGAUCCUCCAUUGCCCCAAGAAACAAGUGUCUCAAAACCCAGGCAAAGUGUGUUUCUGUCAUGCAUAUCUGGAACCCACCUGUCCCACAGUCAGGCACGGCUUUCUCGAUAGGUGUAGCUCCUCACCAAGGCCCUGUUUCCACUGACCUCUUUUCUUACAUAGAGGAUGUGAGAAGUCUCAGGACAGUUGCAUGGUGACUCAGCCUGUGCUCUCUACCUGCCCCAUGAUGGCACCUCGCAAAACAAAGGCAGGAAAGGCCUGGGGAAGCACCCUAUUUUGGGGUCUAUAACCCUUCUGACUACGCACAUAGCGCAAAAGUCUGAUGUUUGAUGGGUUAAGUUUCCUGCACUUUCAUAUUUUACAAAACUGGUGCUCUGUGUUAAUUAAAGGAAGUGCCUACAGCACAUGCUGCCCCUGUUGACCUUUUGGCCACUGUGAUCACUGCUUUCCAAAUGUUCCUGACUCCUAGAGAAAUGUGGGAUUGGGUGAGGCCUUUGGGGUCCCUCUUUAAUCUUUUAUUAGCAAUUGGAUGGGGCCUUAGGCCACCUCACCUGUGAAUGUUGAAAAGCAAAGAAGGAGGGAAAAAAAAUAGUGCAGUCAGGAUGCAAAAGCUGCUGACAGUGGAGAAUGAAUGGAAUGAAUCAGUCCAUGUGAAUAACAGAGACAGUGUAAAAUGGGUUCCUACAGUUAAGCAAGACUGCCCACAGGCUGGAGAUGUAGCUUCUUGUAGAGCAUUUGCCUAGCAUGCACAAGGAUCUGAUAAAGAAAAUCCAAGUUCUCAAUAAGGAGGAAAACAAUAAAAUACACAUAGAAGCUUGUUCCCUCAAGCUUGCUGUGAGUCAGCAUCCAGUGAAAUGUCUGGUUUUGUCAGUAUACACGGGGUCCAUACGGACAGCUGACCUCUGUCCCUAGGGGGCACACCAGAUAUAGACUGCUCUUUUAACUGUAUAGUUAUCUUCAAGGAACAAAUAGUCCCCAAAACAGCUAACAUGUGUGUGGGCCAAGUUCAAUUCUUUUUUUUUUUUAAAGAAACUGGUAACUAUUAAGCUCUUUUUUGAAAACUAGAAGUUAUCCCAAAAAUGAGAAUCACUGGCUGUGCUGAGCUAGUUUUCAUUUGUUUGGGAGGAAAGGAUGGGAGUUGUUUGAGAAGUAAUACGUUGCAGAGUAAUCUGGCCAUGUCCUAUCAGCCACUUGUGCCAGAAAAAUUUAAUGCAAACCCUUGCCUGAUAGUGAAGUUGUUGAGAUACUCAAAAUAACAGUAAGAACAGAGAAAUAAGAGAAAUUUGAGAAUUAUGAGCUAUAGUCUUAGAAAAAUGUGAAGUGGGAUGUCAUGGGAAGAUGAUUAAAAUACAAUUGGUCUAAAGGCUUUGAUAGUGUUCCCACAGAGGGAGUUUGUACUGAUUCUAGUGAACACAAGGGAAGAAUUAAUUCAAGAACUAGUGGAGAGAAGAUACGGUUGCAGCAAGAGCAAUGUAGAAUAGAUGACAUUAGAAGGUGACAGAGUAGCACCUUGCAGGGGUCAGGAGAGAGUGGCCAUGCUGCUGAGUCAUGUCCCAGGGACAUGAGUGUUGCUGAUAGCUGAGUAUUAGGAACACUACUGCAGGAGAAGUUCCAAAAACCAUGGUGUCCACAGGUCCCUGACACAAGAAAAUAGGUAUGUGUUUUUCAGAGAAAGGGAAAGAGAGAGAAACGGUGGUGCUUUUUUUUUAGGGGU